CGAGAUGCGUAAGGUAGAGAGAUCAUGAGCUGUUUGAGAGACAGCUAGGUUGGUGUUGAGUUCCAUGGCCUCCUUUCAUAUGAUGGAGAGCAAUAGACAACGAAUAGCAGGAAAGACUGGAAGUUCAAGGUGAAGCCGCACGAAGCGGAGUGACCGUUUUGGGCGGCUCGUGCAACUUGCCUCAAGCCUGCCUCGAGCACAUGGCACUUUCCUCAAGACCACACCGCUCAUCGUUGGGGACUUUCACUACCACUGUCAGAUAUUGUUUGUACACAGCGGCGAGAAUAAAGCCUUGAACUCAAGUGGGGACGCCAGGCCAGCAAUGGAAUCUGUACCCACAGAAUUACUUGUCAAGUUUCUCGCCUUAUUGAAUGGCUACGAAAUAGCCAAAUGUCGCAGGGUCUCGAGGCGUUUCGAUGACAUCGUUCGCAAUACUGUUCUAUUGCAGUACUUGAUUGAACUCGAUGCGGCAGGUUACGAGGAUCGCCCCAAUGCGUCUGCACUGUCCAUCGGGGAACGCUUCGAAGCUUUGCGUGAGUCCCAACGCCUCUGGAUGAACGCCGAUAUUCAAGCAGAGGCCCAAAUUGGACCUUUCAAAAUCGGGUCUGAGGUGCUAGGAUACGGCCAGCAGCGUUGUUACUCGGACCUAGCCUCCGUAUUAUUUGUUGAGAUGCAGCCUGCUACCGAUCAUACUGUCACACGCAUACACCUGGCGUUGCCUCAAUACUGCGACGCUGUGCAUGUCGUUCCUGAACAGGAUCUGCUGCUUACGGCUUAUGGCACAAGGCUGCAUCUGCUUUCACUCGCAACUCAAAAACAACAUGAACGUGCUUCUCGUGAAGUUCUGCACAUGCAAACUGAAUUUGGGCCUAGUGACAAGAUGUGUGUCCUACGAGAUCUCCUCGUCAUCCUUCCCAAUGAGCACCACCUUGCUGUCUAUCGCUGGACAUCCGGCGAACUUCUCGGGACACAUACUUCAUUGCACACAAUAUGUGAUGUCAGGAUUGCCAAUGGGGAUUUCAUCCUUGCUCUCACAUCCCACAACAAUGAACAGAUGGCUGUUGAAGUUCUUGGCUUAUUCAACUUGUGGGCUCCAUCAAUAUUAUCUCACAAGGCAAGAUUCAUGUUGCCAGUACUAUUGCCAGAGUUGUUUGUGGACUUGGACUAUCCAGAAAUCACUCACACCCCCAAACUCUGGUUCAACAAAUCCAUCUGUGGAGUGGAACCUACUUGUCCAAUCAUGCCUUCAGAUGGCAGCUUUUUCAUCAUCAAUGUUAAUUGCUUCUUCCUUGUUUUGGUUCCAUCACUAUCAUUUCUGCCUGCCUUGCAUCACCAUGGCGCAGAGCCUCUGGUCAUACCUUGGCCUAAAUGGGGACCAAAUGGUACAAGAGUGUGUGAAUAUUAUGUAGAUCAUCCUCUCUAUGUCAUUGGAACUUCUGUUCUAAUGUCUGAUGCACUCUGGAAUUUCAAUCCUCUCACACUUAAUGCAGAUUCCUAUAGUGAAGAUCAUGGACAUGUGAAUUACAUGCCUACCAAGUUGGAUACUGAUAUAACUUUGCAAGAGGAUGUGAUUACAUGCUUGCCCUAUCAAGAGAUACAUUACUAUCUUGAAGCUACUCCAGAUUGGUCAUUUGAAAUGGAGCCUUAUGUAGUGGAGAGUCUGAAUGGUCCAAAGUUGGUGCUAGAGGAUAGUCAAUGGAAUAAUGGGCACAAAAUUCUUCUGCAUAUUCUAAAGCUUCAUUAAGGCUAAAGGAGAGGUAGAGAGUGGUAAUAAUUUAUUUGCUAUCAGUAUCUUUAUUUUAGCAUAAAAGUCAGUGAAAAGAGGUUAAUGAUUAAUGGCAUACUUUAGAAACUAGUGAGAUUGAGUAUAAUUCAUGCAUUAUUUUCAAUAGUGCAUUUUAGUAUCACUUUAUAUUUAUUAUUUUUUUAUGCAAUCUAGCCUGCCUUAUAUCAACUUAGAGUUUACAUAUAAUUAGCUAACUUCAUAUUGCUGACAUUGACCAUAUGAUAUAUCAACUUAGAAAUGAAUUAGAAGAUACCAU